AGGCCAAGUCUUUAAAAGAUGUUAUUGUGAGGUUUUCUGAUAUGUUUCUGUUUUUAAGAGCACUGAUUUGUGGUGUUUUUAUUUUUAUUUUAUUUUUCACUUAUGAUUUAGUUCUAUAAGGAGCAGUAACAUGCUUAUAAUUAGUGUACUUGCUGUUAUAAAUUCCAGUCUUCUAUUUUUCUGCCUUUUCAUAUUUUCUCAGUUCGCUUUUGCUUUGUUUUUCUGUAUAACAACACACACUAUAACCAUCCUUCUAAGGAGGGAAGAAGGAGGGAAAAUGUCAUUAGAGAAUGAUUCUGAGAUCACCCAUCUCAAGAAAAAUCUUAAAGUCCAAAUGGAAAGAAAUGUGUCACUAGAGAAAGAAAACAAGGAUCUCAGACAAGAAGUAGCACGUUUGAAGUCACAGAUAAUGUCACUCAAAGCACAUAACAUAGAGAGGAAAUCCAUGCUGUGGAAGAAGAUACAGAAAUCCAUGGAUGGUAAUAAUUCAGAUACCCUUCAGCAUAAAGCAGCAGUUAAGGUAAUAAUGCUUGAAAAGAGUCCACCAAAUGAGAGAGUGCAUACAAAUUCAGAUUUGCAAGAAACACCUAUAGUUAAGGACAGAUCAGUAAAAGUACCACCACCUGCACCCUCUUCCAACCCUCUUCUUCCUUCACAAAAAACUGAGAAAGGAAUGAAAGUGCAGCCAUUGGCAUUGCCAAGAACAGCACCACCACCUCCUCCAACACCACCAAAAUCACUAGUUGGAUUGAAAUCAGUGCGUCGUGUGCCAGAAGUAAUAGAACUGCAUCGUUCUCUCACAAGAAAGGAUGCCAACAAUGAUAACAAAAUAAGUACCAAUGGAACUCCUGCAGCUGCAUUCACCAGAAACAUGAUUGAGGAAAUUGAAAAUCGAUCAACUUUUCUGUCAGCUAUAAAAUCAGAUGUUCAAAGACAAAGGGAGUUCAUCAGUUUAUUGAUAAAAGAGGUAGAGUCAGCCGCAUAUGCAGACAUUUCAGAAGUAGAGGCAUUUGUGAAAUGGCUAGAUGGGGAGCUAUCAUCACUUGUGGAUGAACGUUCAGUGCUAAAGCAUUUUCCACAUUGGCCAGAGCAAAAAACAGAUGCACUCAGAGAAGCUUCUUGCAACUACCGAAAUCUGAAGAGCCUUGAAUCAGAAGUCUCAUCAUUUGAGAACAAUCCAAAGGAGCCAUUGGCUCAGGCUUUGAAAAAGAUGCAAGCACUCCAGGACAGGUUGGAGAGAAGUGUGAACAGUGCAGAGAAGACAAGGGAGAGUGCAAGUAAAAGAUAUAGGAGUUUUCAUAUCCCUUGGGAGUGGAUGCUGGACACAGGCCUCAUUGGUCAGAUGAAGCUGAGUUCAUUGAAGUUAGCAAGGGAAUUCAUGAAAAGGGUAACCAAAGAGUUGGAAUCUAAUGAAGUCUCAAAAGAAGAUAACCUCUUGGUACAAGGAGUUAGGUUCGCAUUCAGAGUACACCAGUUUGCAGGUGGCUUUGAUUCAGAGACCAUACAGGCAUUCCAAGAAUUGAAGAAGAUUGGUAGUGCUAGUACCAAGCUAUAGGAAAUAGAUCAUUACUCCAAACCAAACUUGUUACCAAAAUGGACCACAAAUGUGUUUCCUAUAUUGUCUUCUUCCCAUAACUGCGUGAUGUUUCACACUUCGCAGGUGGAAUUGACAAGCAUGCAUAUGCUCCCAUAUUUAUGUACUUUUUCAAUGCAUUGCCUAUGUUUGACAUGUAGGCUUAUGCUUCCCUGAUUAUGCAACUAUACCUGAAGAGCCAAACCCACGAUAGAGGUUUUUAUUUUUUA